UUAUUUUUUUAUCUCGUCCAUUGUCUCCUAUUCGAAGUCUCCUUUCAGAGGGAUUUGAUUUGAUUUGAACCACUCACACCCUUGUCACAACAGACUAAUCAACGAGCGAUGCCUGAGACACCCGUUGAUUGUGAGUAACGUUUUCACAAUCAAAUUGACACCGGGGCAGCACGAGGUGGGAGGGAGAAUAAUUAAAUCCCAAAUAAAUAGUCUAGGAUAUCCUCGGAGAAAACCUAGUAGAUAAAUCAAAGAGUGAGUUCAAUCGCCAUUCGCCCGUUGGCACAAAGAGAGAGACAUCUAUGGGACGGCCACGGCAGCACAGUACAACCGUUUUCUCCUUUAUUUCUCUAUACAUUGGAAGAAACAAGAGGGACGCAACUUGCAAUGGCAGAGUUUAAAUUAUGGCAAUGACCAAUAGUUUGAAAUCAGAGAAUAGCCUAAUGAAACCGGAAAGUGAAAUCAGAGAAUAGAUUAAUGAAACAGAGAAGGUUCAAAUCAGAGAAUCGCAUAAUGACACGGAGAAGGAGAAAUCAGAGCGUGUGGGACCAAAACAAAGAAGAUAUUAUAUUUUAGGUCACGCAUUGCUUUGACUCUCAAAGCACAACGGGAAAGAGCACGGCGCACGGGCACGGGCACCGGGAUUGCAGUUGAGCAUUUGAUUUGAGCUGCCGCCUUGCACAGCAUGGAGAGAAAGAAACCUCUGCCCACUGGGCACAGACGUCAAUUCAAUGUUUAUUCCAAGUUGGUUCAAAGUAAUUUCAUUGCGUGGCAACAACGUUGAUUCAACCAGUGUGUGCUCAGUGUUCAUACUUCGUCCACUAAAUACUUCCCAGGGCGAUUUUUCUUCUUCUUGAAGUGGAAGAUGAUGAAGUGACUAUCUGGGGGUAAAUAAUAAACAAUACUCGGCGGCAAGGUCCCUUCCCCGAGCGCAGGUGGAUCCAGCUAAGCGGUGGAACAGGGUUUUUGGACGAGGACAGGAGCAACAACGCACCACAAUAACCUCUGAACUACCAGUCUGCUACACCGUCAAAAGAAUAGGCCUAGCCAUUCAUUCCUAGAUCUGCUUCAAGGUGUCCAUAUGAUGCUAAAUCGCUUCACAAACUGGAUGUGUAUCAGAACUUCAGUAUGGUGAAAAUUGAAUAAUCCAAGUGAUGUGGCCACUGUAGAACGGACAUUGAAUGGGCGCGCAACGCACAAAUCAAUUUGCCCUAUAGGAGUGUAACCCUAUUCAAAUGAUUAUUUUGUUGGCUUUCCAAGCUUGCUUUUGUUGGAAUAAUACAUAGUCUUCUCAUUUGGGCUAUAAUAGGCUGUAAGGAUGUCUGAAGCACUCGCCCCAGCCCAGGCGCUCUACAUCGGCAUGGAGGUGGUGAUUGCCGUCUUCUCCGUCCUGGGUAAUGUGAUGGUGGUCUGGGCGGUGAAAAUUAACAAGUCGUUGAGAGACACAACAUUCUGUUUCAUCGUUUCUCUGGCCCUGGCGGAUAUCGCAGUGGGAGCCCUCGUCAUCCCCUUGGCGAUAACUAUCAGCAUCGGACUCCAAACUCACUUCUACAGCUGCCUAAUGGUCGCGUGCACGGUGCUGGUACUGACGCAAAGUUCCAUCCUGGCCCUCCUGGCCAUUGCAAUUGACCGCUAUCUCAGGGUCAAGAUUCCAACCAGCUAUAAGCGUGUGGUGACAAAGCAGCGAGCGGCCGUGGCGGUGGUGGUGUGUUGGACUGUGGCCUUCAUCGUGGGCUUGACCCCCAUGCUGGGCUGGAACAACCUCUGGAGGCUGCAGCAGAACGGUUCCCUGAACGAGGAUCUCAUCAUCACCUGUCAGUUUGAGAACGUAAUCAGCAUGGACUAUAUGGUCUACUUCAACUUCUUCGGCUGGGUGCUGCCUCCUUUACUCCUCAUGCUGGUCAUUUACACAGAGAUCUUCUACAUGAUCCACAAGCAACUCAACAAGAAGGCUUGCACCACCAACCACACCGAUCCCAACAAGUACUACAACAAGGAACUCAAACUGGCCAAGUCGCUGGCCCUGGUCCUCUUCCUGUUCGCCAUCAGCUGGCUUCCCCUCCACAUCAUCAACUGCAUCACGUUGUUCUGUCCGACCUGCGACAAACCCCUGUUCCUGAUCUACAUCGCCAUAUUGCUCACGCACGGCAACUCAGCCGUCAACCCCAUCGUCUACGCCUUCCGCAUCAAGAAAUUCCGAGACGCUUUCCUGAAGAUCUGGAAGCAGUACUUCUGUUGUAAGGACGUACCCGCCAUCUUGAACCAGCCUAGUGAGAAGGAUAGGAAUGAGAACCAGAAUGGCAACGGAAAUGGGAACGGGAAUCCUAAUCCGAACAGAGACUCACAGCCAGCUCUAUCGCCACCACAAGAAGGGCAGCAGCCUUCACUAGAGCAGAUGCAGGAGGUCAAGCCCCAACGGCCACAGUCUCACAAUGAUGACCCAACACAGUAGAAACCCCCAAUGGAGCUCAACAAUAUCUAACUAACCCCGGAAACAGAAGGUAGUUUCUACAUUGAUGUGUCAGAAACCCUAUGAGUUUCUAUGUCUUGGGAGAUGAGUAGAGGUUGUUUAACAGGAGUCAGAGGCAUCCUCAUAGUCAUUCUGAAUGUAUAGCUAGCUACCAAUGGAGGAGUAUGACAUGGUGAAAGAAAAGUUUAACCAGUUUACUUUUUGUAACUUGCACCUGAAAGUCAUUGGAUGUGUUGUGUGUACACCUUUUUUUGAAUGGGAGUGUGGCAUGUUACUUACUGAAUGGAAGGAUUCAGGAGCAGAGUUUGGCAACUUGCAGGUCUUGUAAAGAUAUCUUACAGACUGUGAAAUCACAUUUUAACAGGCGGAGGUGUAUUUGAGUUUGAGGCAGAGGAAAAAACAUUGAAAAGGAGUAUCAGGGUUUAUACGGUAAAAACAUUGAAAAGGAGUAUUAGGGUUUAUACGGUAAAAACAUUGAAAAGGAGUAUCAUGGUUUAUACGGUAAAAACAUUGAAAAGGAGUAUCAGGGUUUAUACGGUAAAAACAUUGAAACGGAGUAUUAGGGUUUAUACGGUAAAAACAUUGAAAAGGAGUAUUAGGGUUUAUACGGUAAAAACAUUGAAAAGGAGUAUUAGGGUUUAUACGGUAAAAACAUUGAAACUGAGUAUUUAGCCCCAUGGUGGAGGUGUCAUAAUACCCAUAAAAGCUAGAGGUCAAACAGCUAAACGGUUCCAAUCAUUUUUCCACCAUUCAUUUUUCCCAUAGGGGAUUUUAGAAACACUUAAAAUAAGGGCUGUGUUUCAUGUAGGUUUACCCUGGCGUGACGUUUUGAUAAUCAUGUAAAUCUCUCUAGAACAAGGUGACUUUUUAUCAACAUAUUCGCCUCUAUUUACUCUCAGAAUUGAAAAUGCUAAUUAGCAUCAAAGUAGAAAUCCCUGCACGUCUUCUCUAGCUGACACCUUUGCUAACAGGUAUUGUGUCAA